GUAACCAGAGAAAACUUACACAAGGAUUUAAUUCCCAAACCUCUGAACUGUGAGGCAGAUGUGUAAACCACUAAUCACCAUGCGAAUAUUUUACACAAGUGAUGGGAGACAAACACGCACAAAAAGAAUAAAACUACAUUCUUUUUUUUUCUGUUUUCCCCCACGCACAUUACUUUAAAAUGUGUUGUCUGUUAGUUAUGCCUUGAUGAUGUUCCCCGCUGAUAUGGAACAGACAAAAGCAACUGAGCGCCGAUAUGAUCCACAACAUUCCCUAAGUGUAUUUCUAUUUUUUUUUUUUUUUUUUACAUAUUUUGUGAAAGGGGGCGGCAAGUCAGCCGCAUCAAAAGUGCACGGCCGAGGAAAAAAAAUAAUGUAUGCUUUUGUUCGAUUCUUUGAAGAGGAUGUGUGUUGCGCGUUGCCGGUUUCCAGCAUCCCAAAUUUCAGCCCCGAGCACGGAGCCGAUUUCGAUCAUCGGAAGGUGUAUGUGGUUCGCAGGACUGAAGAGAAUGGCAGCGCAGGCCGGUCGUGCCGGGCUCACAUCCUUGCCCUUGCAGAUGCUGUAGAGGAGUUUGAAGACUUUAUAAUGCAAAAGAAGAUGAAAAUUCCCAAGAUGUCCAUCAAGAAUUCAGGAAAUUCAAUUGAGAACAGCUUUGGAGGGGAGAGAGUGCCUCUCAGGCAUAAAAAGGCCCUUUCUCAAGACCAUGGCCGCCCUAUUUCAAACUCCUCCAAAAGUUUGGCAGCAGUAGUGGCUCGCCUGGAAAGAAAUGCAGCCAGCUCCUGUAUGGAAGGCGAAGAGGAUCUGGAUGAGGAUCGACUCGCCGAGGAGGGAGAGGAUGCCGAUGACGAAGACGACGACAUGGAGGCAGAACAGCAGCAGCAGGAGCAUUAUCAUCACCAACAGCAGCCGCAGCAGCAACAGCAACAUCUCGAGGUGGACACGGACGUGGCCGCGGCGGUGGUUCCCCGCGUCCUUUACGACGAGCUGGUCGUCAGCUACAGGCAACAGGAGGAUGAGAUGAGGAGGCUGCAACAGGAGCUGGAGCGAACGCGUCGGCAGCUGGUGCAGCAGACCAAGAAACUCAAGGAAUAUGGCAGCCUGCUGACUGAAGUCAAAGAGCUCAGGGACUUCAAUCGACGGCUGCAGGACGUGCUUCUCAUGAGGCUGGGCAGUGAGCCUAUGCAUGACAAUGGGACUCAGACAAUCAAGGCUGAGGUGGUUGAACCCAUUGUUGAGACCCAGGAAACAUACAGAGAAGAAGCCAACACCAGUUCCAGCUACUCACCAUCUCCGAGAACAGUCUACACUUGCAACGAUGGCAAGGUUCACCUCGGUGGCGGUAUCUGGGUGGAGGAGGAGAAGUGGCACCAGUUGCAGCGCACCCAGGGAGACUCCAAGUUCACAAAGAACCUGGCUGUUAUGAUCUGGGGCACAGAAACCCUUAAAAACCGCAGCGUCACUGGAGUGGCGACCAAAAAGAAGAAAGACGCUCUUCCCAAACCUCCACUCUCACCAAGCAAGCUCAAAAUUGUCCGAGAGUGUCUAUAUGACCGAGUGUCCCAAGAGACGGCAGACAGUGCGGAGAUCACGCAAAGAUUGUCCAAAGUGAACAAAUACAUUUGUGAGAAGAUCAUGGACAUCAACAAGUCCAUCAAGAACGAGGAGAGGCGGGAGUCCAAGCUGCUCAUCAGACAGACAGUCAAAAUGGAGAACUUUACUUACGACGGCAUGUAGAGAUCAAAAAGUGUUCUUCUGUUCCCCUCCUUUCCCAUCGCACGCAGGUCAAAGGAAUUUGGAGGGGGGCUCUCGGUUUGGGUGCGUUUGCUAUUCCUUCGACUCAUCAGAUUGGCCUUUGGUGUGUAACACCAAAGCCCCCCCCCUUUUUUUUUUUUUUUUUAAUUCUUAACAGUAUGGCCCAGUGAGCCCAUAAAGUUACAGACAGCUUUACCCACCAGCCAGAUGGGAGCAAGAAUGAUCGUUUGUUUGUUCUUGUAAAUAAGCUCGACUGUAGGAUCAGUACGAAGAAAUGGUUCGCCUCGGUGUGUGUGUUAAAAGAUUGUGAAAUUUAUUUAUUGUUCUGUGUCAGAACAUCACUCAGAGUCCUUUAAGCUUUUAAAAAGUAAAAGAUGACUCCCCCACCCCCGCCCCGAUAAAAGACUUCAAUUGCUGUACAGUGGGAAGCUCGUGUCUAUUAGAGCUGUUGAGAUAUUUUGUGUGACUUAAACUGCUGGAGAACCGAAUGACUGCAGUGGGUACUGCAGUGGUAUUCAAUCGGGGAGUUGAUAAUGAAUUAGUCUUAAUUACUAACAGACAUCGUGUUGAUUGCAACAGAGAGGCUGUUGCUGCGAGAGAUUAUGUUGGCCAUGGCUUUUUAGGUCAAUCAUUACACAUUGCGAUCACCGCGUUUCAGUAGGAGUUGUACAAAAUGGAACUUACUCGCUCGUUUAUGUGGAAAUCAUGUGAAGGGAUUUUAUGAAAAAAAAAACGUACACAAAUUCAAGGCUAAAUGUGCUGACUAAAAUGUUGUGACGCUGCUUCCUUCGACAAAAGCCAAGCGCCAUCUGCUCAACAAAGCAGACAGUAUUUUCUGUCACAUGAAUCCCUUCAUGUUCAUUUUGCAAUCUUGGCUCCCCCCCGCCGAAAGGCGCGAUAUGGAUCGACGUGACAAAAUAGCGUCAGUGUAGAGUCAAAUGCAUGUUUUAUGUGUUAUUUCUCUCUAUCUGAAAAACAAACGAAAAUUUGUUUUGUGUCAUUGUUUUCAAUUGCCCAUCUCUGUUAGUGCGACGACUACUAAUGCACAAUGACCGAGCCUUAUGUGAUUUCCUUGUGUGUUUUGUUGUUUGUGUGACCCUUAAAAACUGUUACUGUAGUAGCAGAUACUUGGACUGUUGAGAAAGUGGCGGAGGAGCAGAAAAGGGCCUUAAAUGGAUUUGGCAAUCACCUGGGCGCGUCAUGCCCUUGGCUUUUCUACUGAGCUGCGAUUGUCGUUGGUAGUCUUUAGACUUCACAUGCACUUUGAUGUGAGAAUGUAUGAGUUGGUACUGUUCGGAGCAUCGAUGAACUUGAGCCUUCGCCGAGCCUCGUGGUUCUCUUCGGGAGGGGGGCUUGCAACUCAGCUCUUGUGGAAGAAACUGUGUGGGUAAAGCUGUCUGGGACAUGUUUUGGCGAUUUAUUGUGAAGCCCACAACCACCCUGUUCUAAAGAAAUGCCAUUGGGGAGAACUAAAUAUGGCCACCCUAAGGACACUCAAGUCAGACUUGUCCUUUGUUCAUUUUAUUGCGUGUUGUUGUUUUGUCCCGCGAUGUUUUCCACGGCUGUCGGCCCUCUGAAAGGAAAUCUCGGAGACUGAAAUCUCAAGUGUGACCCAACGGAGGCAAAACUGUGAAUCUGCUGCAGAGCUGCCUGUCAAGCCUUUGCUCCUCUUCACACGUCUACGUUUGUCAGUUUCUUCUUCUUCUCUCUCACCCUCUUUCUUUUUAAAACGGUGUUUCCAAAGUUGAGCUUAGCCGUUUGUUCAGCUACCUUAUGUUGUAAAGAGAGAGAGGUUUUGGGGUAUUUUGGGAGGGUGGGGGGGGGAUAUCUUGCAGUUCAGUUGUAAAUGUUCUGGACAAUUAUUGAAUUGAUGUCGCCAUCGUGUAUGUUUAUCUUUUUUUAUAUUCUUUAUGAACUCGUGUUGUUUUCCGUAUGACUUGUCGGGCUUUCAAGUGUGAUGUAGGGCCCUUAAAAAAAGAACAAACAUCGUUCGAGCCAAAGUGAUCGGUGAUGCAAAGCUGGGGGUAUUCUUCGAGAAGCGUUCAGCCUCAACCUUUAGGUAAACUUCUAAGUUGACAAGGUGACAAAUCAUUUACAUGGAAUGCACUUUACACAUCAAUUUGUCAAUCUUAUAAAAUCGCUUUAGUAUACUUGUAUAUUUUUUUUUCAUGUCUAAGUCCGAAAUUAAGGCCAAACAAUCAUUCUAAUAACAUGAUGCACCUUAAGAUGUUUAGUUUGUGAGCGGCAGGGUGUGUGAUUGACAUGCCAGUGCUGAGCAGUAAGGUUACUCGAUACUCAAAAGAAUCGUCACGUCAUUUUAACGGCAGUCUAUGAGAGAAUGCUGGUCAUGUUAAGGUAUGACGUCAUGUCUUUGU